AUGGAGGACGGUGCUCACCAGCACUUCACGGACUAUCUGCACCCAAACCCACAAAGUGCCCCAACGAUGGUAGUGCAGCAGCAUCGCCACUUUCAGCACCAAUGUCGGAUCUGCCGUGUGACCGAGGGUUUGCGACGAUGCAGCCGCUGCCAGAUUGCGUACUACUGUUCGGUCGAUCAUCAGCGGCUCGACUGGAAGGUGCACAAGAUCGAAUGCCGUUCCAUCCACCAGCUGGCGCAGCCUUCACCUAUGGCCGCGAUACCACUGCAGCAAUUUCCGCAGACCUUUAAUACCGUGCAGCAGCUGCAGCAGCAACACCAGCAACAACUAGGCGGUGCUUUCAUCACCUCCAGCGUACCGCAAAACGAGGGCAGUUUUUGUGUACGUGCCGAAAUGCUGGCUCCGAUCGGCGGCACCAACACCAUCGUUCCGACGUCGGUGAAGAAUGUAAACAUCGGCACUACACAACCUCCCGCCAAUCAGCACGCUGUUGUUGCUGUUGCAGCCGCGACCAUCCCUUCCUCAGCCGCGCUAAGCCCACAAACCGCAGCGACGGUCCCUCCGGCACAGACUCCGUUGCGUGACAGCGGGGAUUUUCCGGCAGCAACAACCGAGCUGAUUGGGGUGGUGGAAACGACGAAUGCGCGAACACACCAACCGGCCGUAUCUUCCGAUGGCAGCGAUAGCGGUGACGAGUUCCUGAACGAGCUCGCAGUUUCAAAGCUAUUCCCGAUCGAUGCGCUCGCGUCCGCGGAGGAGCUCGCCGAUCUCGACCAGCUCGAUGUUGAUCAUAUCCUGAACGAGAACAAUUUCCUCAACAACAUCAACAACCUGAACGUGUUCGACGGUACCGAGCAGCGGUUGCAUCAGGAUCCGUUCAUUACGGGUGGCAGGGUGGAAAAUAACAAUCGUGCGGCAGGACCGGUGCUGCUUACCAACAACAAUUUCGUUGACGAUUCGAUACUGUUGCUGGAGGACGGUGGUGAAGGUUGCGAAGACAACGGACAGGUUUUAGUGUUCGAUCAAAGCAACCCAUUCGCGGCUGGUGAACCAACCAUGCCGAUCACACAGUCCGGCAGCGUGAUGUUGCUACAGCAACCCCAGCAUCAGCAGCAGGCUCAGCAGCUUGACCAACGCGUGACCAAAGUGCACCAGCAGCAACAGCAAUUGGCCGCGUUGCUCCGGCAGGCCACCGGAACCGGUAAUGUCGAAGGUCCUGUGCUGUCGAAAGUGGAUAGUGCUAGUGCCCUGUUGCUGGGGGCAGUACAGGACCGCCGAAAUGGCAGUGAUUCGAGGGGAUUGUUCACGGGAAAUAGUGCUACGAACGGGAUCACGGAUCCGAGUGGACGAUUGGGUGUCGAAAUUAGCGACACCACGUCAGCGGGUAUUACGGCGGCUUCGAGUGCGAAAGUGACCGAUGGGGGGUUUGAUUUGGACAGUGAAAGUUUGGACGAAGCCUGCCGCAGUUUGAUACGGGACAUGAACGAGUACGGCGUGUGUGUGUUGGAUAAUUUUCUUGGCCAAGAACGAGGCCUGCAAGUGCUGGAGGAGGUCACAGGAAUGUAUUCAUCCGGAGUAUUUAGGGACGGGCAACUGGUAUCGAACCGUGGCGGAAACAAUCUACGCCACAUUCGAGGGGACAAAAUCACGUGGAUCGGUGGGAAGGAACCGGGCUGCAGCAGCAUCGGAUACCUCAUAAACCGCGUCGACGCCGUCAUUACCAAUUGCAAACGAAUGAAAAACAACGGCAAACUUGGCCGAUACAACAUCAAGGAGCGAACGAAGGCCAUGGUCGCGUGUUAUCCUGGCUCCGGCUCUCACUACGUCAAGCAUGUCGACAAUCCAAACCGGGACGGCCGCUGCAUAACCGCCAUCUACUAUCUCAACCUGGACUGGGACGUUCGGGAGAGUGGAGGUUUGCUAAGGAUCUUCCCGGAAGGAUGCAACGAUCGCGUUGCCGACAUCGAACCAAUGUUCGAUCGGAUACUCUUCUUCUGGUCUGACCGACGGAACCCGCAUGAGGUGCAGCCAGCCCAUCGCACCCGGUACGCCAUCACGCUCUGGUAUCUGGAUGCCGAGGAGCGCGAAUCAGCCCGGUUACGCUACCAGCGGGAUUGUGAGAGCCGGUUCAAGACGUAG